AUGCGGAACCCUGAAGCCUUGGCGGCCCAUGAAGGGUACGGCGAUGAUGUACUCUCAAUUGUGAGCCGGGUUGUGACCUCAGAAACUCAACAGAGGGAGACUCUAGACAUCGACUGUCCAGCCCCGCCAGGAAAGAUCAGGCAGGGACUAGUCACUUGCCUGAUACUCCUGUGCAAUUUGAUCCAGUUUACUUCAAUGUUUGCCACCGUAGCCGGCGGCUAUGGAUUCAGUGCUCGACUCGGCCGGAAAGUCGGAGCUUCACAAGCGAACUGGAUGCCGGCCGCGUAUGGACUGACCCAGAGUGCGUUCGUUCUGAUUAGCGGUCGGCUAGGAGCAAUCUAUGGCCACCAAAGACUCCUUUUGCUGGGGGGAGCGAUCUUCGUUAUCUUCUCGAUUUGCAACGCAUUUUGCACCACGUAUGCGUCGUUCAUCGCCAUGCGUGCGAUGACCGGGAUCGGAGGGGGAAUCCUCAUGCCGAACGCCGUGGCGGUGCUUACCAUCAUGAUCCCGCCGGGCAGAGCCCGGAAUUAUACUCUGGCCCUCUUUGCAGCGUCACCGCCCAUAGGCGCUUUGAUCGGAGCAUUGAUCACCGGAGCGAUCUUGGAAUCUACGGAUUGGAAAUGGAUUUUCGUGAUCAUUGCGUGUCUAGGCGUUGCAGCUUUUGGGGGGCUUUUCUUUGCCGCCCCGCCCGAGGAGAGAUUGGCCAAAGAUGGCAAAGUGGACUACGUGGGCGCCGUGCUUGGCCUGGGUGGGCUUAUUCUGUUCAAUGUUGCAUGGAACCAGGCCCCGUCUACUGGAUGGGAGACACCAAGCACUAUCGUGAUCUUGGUGGUCUCAGUGAUUAUGAUAAUCCUCUUCUUCGUCUGGGAAACAUGGUAUGCUGCGGAGCCGAUCAUGCCGGUGAAAAUCUUCCAGGCCCCCAGUUUCAAGGCUUUGAUUCUGGUCGUCCUUUUCAUAUACAUGUCCGUUGGAAUCUCACUGUGGUACAUGGUGGCGUGGGAACAGCUGAUCCGCGAUUGGACGGUCCUUCAUGUCGCAGUGGGGUGGAUUCCCUACGGCCUCGGGGCGUCGAUUGCGGUGACGGGGGCCGCCUGGCUGAUCCCACACCUGGAGGCGCAGUAUAUCCUCGCCAUGGGAUGCCUCGCUUCCCUGGCGUCCCUGGUGCUGCUAGCGACCAUGCCGGAGCAGCAGAUGUACUGGGCCCAGAUCUUCCCCUCGACUGUGCUCGGCAGUUUUUGCCCCGAUUUCGUUUACGUCGCCGCUCAGAUCAUUGCCAGCAAUAGCGUCCAGAAACACGAGCAGGGGGUUGCGGGCAGCCUGAUCGGAACGUUGAAUCUCUAUGGCAAUAGUCUUGGGCUCGGGUUUGCGGGCAUCGUUGAGGUUCAGGUGGCCAAGCACCGGGAGUCUGAAGUCGCCGGCUAUAGGGCUGCCCUCUGGUUUGGUGCCGCUCUUUCGAUCUCGGCUUUGGUCUUGGAUCUGGCAUUCGUGAGACUACGCCAUGUCGACCAUGAGGAUUGGGGCUCAGAUCAUACGCCCCCUGCUGGCCCCAUAGUCGACAUCUGA